CUCAAGAGUCAGGAUGUCUCAGAUUUAACAGCAGUUGAGAGGGAAGACUCGUCAUUACUUACUCCUGCAGCCAAAAAGCUGAAACUGGACACCAAAGAGAAGAGAGAGAAGAAGCAGAAGGUAGACGAAGAUGAGAUCCAAAAGAUGCAAAUCCUGGUCUCUUCUUUUUCUGAGGAGCAGCUGAACCGUUAUGAAAUGUAUCGCCGAUCAGCUUUCCCUAAGGCAGCCAUUAAAAGGCUGAUCCAGUCCAUCACUGGUACUUCUGUGUCCCAAAAUGUUGUGAUUGCCAUGUCCGGUAUUUCUAAAGUUUUUGUGGGGGAGGUAGUAGAAGAAGACUUUGCUUCUGCUGUUGAGUAUAAGAAGACAAGCCAUGCCCUGCUAGCAGUACCCCCCCUGGGAGCUUUCCCUCCAUCAGCCCUGGAUGUGUGUGAGAAGUGGGGAGAGACGCCACCACUGCAGCCCAAACACAUGCGGGAGGCGGUGCGGAGGUUGAAGUCCAAGGGGCAAAUCCCCAGCUCUAAGCACAAGAAAAUCGUCUUCUUCUAGAUCUGACCCGGAAUGGCCCAGACCUCUCACAGUUGGGCUUCUGCACCGGUGCUUUGUUAUCGGGGCUCCAAGGACCCAUGACGAUGACUUUAAUAUCUGUCACACCUACAAGGCAUGCCAGGAAGAAAAACAAAGACAACUCA